UUUCUUGCCGGGAUGGGGGGUGAAAGGCCGGGGCCGCGCCGGGGGGGCAAAAUGGCGGCCAGGUUGAGCGGCGGAGAGAACCGGCUGGUGUCACUGCCGCUGUCGCGCAUCCGCGUCAUCAUGAAGAGCUCGCCGGAGGUGUCCAGCAUCAACCAGGACGCGCUUUUCCUCACCGCUAAGGCCACGGAGCUUUUCGUUCAGUAUUUGGCGUCGUACUCCUACAAACACGGCAGAGGCAAGGAGAAGAACGCCCUCACUUACAGCGACCUGUCUCACACUGCAGAAGAGUGUGAAACCUUUCAGUUCCUUGCAGAUAUCUUGCCAAAGAAAAUCCUAGCUAGCAAAUAUCUAAAAAUGCUUGAAAAAGAGAAGCGAGAUGGAGAAUUGGGGAAAUGCGAUGAAGAAGAUGAUGAUGAAGAUGAUGAUGAAGCUGUGGAUGAAGCUGUUGGAUCUUAAGGCUAGUGGAGUGGCUACUUCAUAGUUGAUCCAUUUUCUUUUGUAUAAAGGAUGUUAUUUUUGUGACUGAGAAUCCAGAUGCUGGAUAUAUUUAUACACUGAGCCAUCUGCUUUUGCUCUAAGAAGUUUAAAAAUUGAACUGUGUACUUUCUGAAGAAUGGAAUUCUUUCCUCAGAAACGUGGUUGCAAGAGAAGCACUAAUGUAAAUGUGACAGCAGAACUUGCUCAUAUGAUUGAAAAUGACUUCUUCAGACAAUCGUUAUCCAAACGUACAAUUCCUUACAGGCAGCUCUCAGUCCAAAAGCUCUUUCACUCUUUAAAAGGGAGCUCUUCCCCAGUUUGCGUUUCUCAGGUGAGGGGAGGGUUUUUACACAGGAUCUGCUACCCCUGGUUCUCUUCUGCUUGGGGAGCCAGUAAGUGAUCCAACCCUUCUGCAGCUUUCUGGAACAGUGGCAGGGCAUUAGCAGUGGACCAAGCCCAAUUUUAAUAAGUGUUCUGUUUUGGUUUUGAUUUAGCUUUAAAAGGAAAAAAUAAUAAAGCUCUUGCUGUACUGGAGCCUAAACUGGCACAUCCGCACAGAAACUGAGUAGAGGACAAGAGCCAUUCCAACAGCAAAUGUGUUUCAGCAGCCGUGGUGAUAAGAAGUAGAUGUGAUAGAUAAUAACGUAAAUAUGUACGAGAACUUUUCUCUGUAGUCAGUUCUUGAUGCCUGCGGUUUGUCCGUGGUGCUCUAACAAAACAUGAGUUGAUUGAAGUCUGUUAAAUGUGGAUUGUUGAGAGUGAGCAACCCUUUACCACUUGAGUGACAGAGCUGCAUAGCUGAAUUUUCUUUGUUUUUUAUUAUAAAAAUGACUGUCCUGUGUACAACUUUAUAUGCGACUUUUUACAAUAAAUAUUUUUAGGAAAAAGCAACAGAGGAGCAGAAACUUCCUGCAGUUUUUUUUCCAGCUUCAUUCUACCAUAGAACAAAACUGUAUUGCAGCAGGAAGGCUGCAGUGAGUGCUAUGUGAUGUUUUACCUCUUGAGAGAUUCCCAAGUGGGUAUGCAGAACUGUGCUGUUGUUGAAAGGAUUGAGUUUUUUUGUUUGUUUAAUUAUUAAAAGUGUAUGGAGAGCUGUGGGAAACUGACAGUUGAGCACUGUGUGUUUGGGGUGGGAGAUGCUGCCUGCAGUAAGAUAUGUAAAUUAUGAACAGUGUUUUUCUCAGCACUUGGUGUAUCUAACACUUGCCAGCUUUGGGGGAACAGAAGCAGCUUCUUUCAUCCUAGAAGAAAAUUGUAUGGUAAACCUAUAGCAUAAACAGCAAGGGGCAGCAAGGUAAAACAGAGGUGGACUCAAAAACUGCUGUCCACCAUGAUGGUUGUGUUGAAAAGUCACAGAAAAACAGCUUAAUUCUGGAGCAGACACCUCUUGCUUAAGUCACUGCUGCACUACCUGAUCCACAGUUAGGUGGGUCAUGACCUAAGAAUCAGAAAUCCAAACCAGCCCCCAGCAAAGAUGUCACUGUACUGAGCGCACAGAUCUUGAGGGAAAGACAGCAGGACUGAUCAGCUUUGGGGCAAAUGUGCUUAUAUUUACUGUUCAGCUAAGUUUUAGAGCAGCAUUUUCCAUCACGAUUUCUUU